AGAACAUUGCUUCGCUUGCAGAGCGGGGGGAGAGUCGCUGAGAGGGAGACCCAGGCGGGACUCAGGGCAGCCGGCCCUGGCACCUGGAGGUUUCCUUCGCUGGCCGGCCGCAUCGCGGGUGUUUCAGUUCAACCUGUGGUCCAGCAGCUUCUCCUGAUAGCCCCCACCCCCCACCCAAGAAAGCCCGAGGCGUGGGUGCCGUCGCCACCCCGCACAAAGAAAGCCCAGCAGCCCCACCGCAGCCAAGGGCACUUGGUGUUUAGUUUCCGGCCCGAGGGCAGCGGCGCCCGAAGCCGGGCUGCGUGCCGACGCGGCCGGUUCGGAGCAGUUGCUUCCUGCGGGGCAGGGAGGGGGCGGGAGGCGGCCGGGCUUGGCUCGCCGCCGCCUGAGGCUGCACCUGCCCCGGAGGAUGCCCAGGACCCCGCCGGCGCCUCUCCGGAUCAGAACUUUUUAGCUGCCUGCCCCCGUCCCUGCAGUCCCCGGGCCGCGCACCGGCAGACGGGGGCCGAGGGGGCGCCGCCGCGCGAGUGCCCCUCCUGUCCCCCCUCCCCCCUUGGCUCGGCCGCCCGCCGCUUUGUUCCGGGCGCGCGGAGGGAAGGCGAGGCUGCGGCGGAUCAUGCCCAUGGUGUAGCCGCGAAGCGGAGGCAUGGCUGCCGGAAGGUUACUGCUCUACACCGGCCUCUCGCUAGCGCUCUGCGCCCUCGGCAUGCUGGCGGUGGCCAUCUGCUCGGACCACUGGUACGAGACGGACGCCAGGAAGCACAGGGACAGGUGCAAGGCCUUCAACACCCGCCGGGUCGACCCUGGCUUCAUUUACAACAACAACAACAACUUGCCGCUCCGGGCGAGCCGCUCGCGCCUGGACCGCUGGGAGGGCAAACUCCUCCGGGCCCGGAAUCGCCGGCAGCUCUUCGCCAUGAGCCCCGCUGACGAGUGCAGCCGGCAGUACAACUCCACCAACAUGGGUCUCUGGAGGAAGUGCCACCGGCAGGGCUUCGACCCCGAGAUCGCCGCCCUCAUUCGGAAAGGAGAAAUUGAGCGAUGCACGUACAUCAAGUACCACUACUCCUCAGCCACCAUCCCCAGGAACCUCACCUUCAACAUCACGAAGACCAUCCGUCAGGAUGAGUGGCACGCCCUGCACCUGCGCAGGAUGACGGCCGGCUUCAUGGGCAUGGCGGUGGCCAUCAUCCUCUUCGGCUGGAUCAUCGGCGUGCUGGGCUGCUGCUGGGACCGAGGCCUUAUGCAGUAUGUGGCAGGGCUUCUCUUCCUCAUGGGAGGAACCUUCUGCAUCAUUUCACUGUGCACCUGUGUGGCUGGGAUCAACUUUGAGCUGUCACGCUACCCACGCUACCUGUAUGGACUCCCCGAUGACAUCAGCCAUGGCUAUGGAUGGUCCAUGUUCUGUGCUUGGGGUGGCCUGGGCCUCACACUCAUCUCGGGAUUCUUCUGCACCUUGGCCCCUUCUGUCCAACCUGUCCCGAGGACCAACUACCCUAAAUCCAGACCCGAGAAUGGGACAGUGUGCUAAAAAACAAACCCAUACCCAUAUAUAUAUAUAAAUAUAUAUAUAAUAUACAUAUAUAAAAGAAAACUAAAUCAAGCUGAUGCCAGUGCCAAGGUAGCGUUGAGUUGGCUCAGGCACCCGCAUCUCGUCGGACUUUGUGUUGCCUCAUCACUGAGGUGGGGAAGUGUUCCCAUCCUGUGGCUCUUCCGUCAGUUCUUGACUUUUGGCUCCAUGGUUUCUUGAAGACAGAAUGAACAUCACCACUGGCGAUAGUGUCCUGAUUCCAUCACUCACGAGGAUGGAUGGGGUGGUGGGCUGGGAGGGGACAGUGCCAGUGGUCUGAAGUGGCACAGAUGUAGAGAAGGAAGUGCCAUCCACUGGGCUGACAGGAGAGGACGCCACCCCAACAUUGAUCAUAUCACAGAGAAACAAAGCCCUUAGUUCAUAGAAUGUAACCAAAUCUUUGAGGCCAUUUGCAGAACCACGUCUUCACCUGCUCCUUCCUGUUCCAAUUUCCUUCCUGGCCCACCAACGACACAUAAGAAGUGGAAGAGAAAACAAACAGAAGGAAGUUUUCUCUUUGCUGCCAAACUUUUGGACAAAGUUUUAGAGGUGGGAAGGGGGAGAGAACAACAUGCUGAGAAGCAAGAUCUGCAUCAAUAAGAGGACACUUCAGUGGAUGCUCAGAAAACCCAGUCGUACCUUCCAGCUGCCUUAUACCCAGUAAACAAGAGGCCGCCCCUCUCCCACCCACACUCCCUGGGCAGAUGGAGCCUUGGAGUAACGCUGUGAUGUGCGUGUGCAUGUGUGUGACCACUCCAGGUGGUUUCCUUUUUUUCUUUUUACCUUUCAAAUGGAAAUACUGCAUU